UUACUUCAAACGCCUUUUUUUUGUAAAUAUCACUUUUUAAAAUUGCUUGUGCGAAGAACACUUCUAUAUCAAUGUGUUAAUAUAUUGUUGUAUUGUGUUUUGUAUUUUAAACGAUUUUAUUUCAAAAACUUAAAAAAAUUUAAACUAAAAGCAAGUCAUUACCAAAAUGAGCUGGCAACAUAAUACAUCAAAUGUAGAUCAGAAUAAUUCAUAUCUUGUGUCCUCUUCUACUUCAGACAGUCCAUCUCCAGAUGUGUUAGUAAUUGACGAAGAUCGUGAUCCAAAUACAGAUCCUCUUCAAGAGCUUGAAACUUUCGUCCAAAGAAAUCAAGGGAGACGAUUGCUAGAGCAACCAACGUUUCAAAUCAAGUAUCCACAAGAGGCGAUACAACGACGUAAAUGUGAAUUUCGUAAUUCGAAAAGAACUCGUCGAAACAAGAAUAAUCCGCAAGGAGGAAAGGAAAAUUUUAAUAUGGCAAACGGAAAUGGGUACUACAACCGUCUAAAUGAAUACAAUCAAAGUAGAGAAUAUUAUAAUCAGAGUAGACAACCUCUUAGUGUGUCAGCAUACAAUCCAAGUAAUUAUUUUAGAUCCAAAGCACAAGACGAAGAAAUUCCUGAACCCAAAGGAUGUUCGUACAAAGCAGAUAAAUAUUUAGAGACGUUCGAUCCAAAGAAAGCAACUGGAAUGAAAAACCAAAGUCAAACUCAAGAUUUUUAUAAUACCCCUGCAGGAAACAACUUGCAACCUACUCCAAGACAAGCAUCACAUACGUUUCUUUCAGCUAAUAAAGACAGUUACUUUGACCCUGAGACUCGGGAUAAGGAAAUAAACAGUCAACAAGUAGUCAUUGCACACCCCAUAAAUGCUUAUAAUGGUUCUGAUAAUAACUCGAAUAUUCCAAAACUGCCAGAAGUUCUGAUACCAAAAGACGAACUAGAUAAAAAAAUAAGCAAAACAAUAGAUGAAAUAGAAUCUGAACAUGAAAUACUAAAGAAAAGUCUCGAAGAAAAAGAGGCUUCUAUGAUAAGGCAUACUUUACUAACUCCAUGUACUCCACUAAGUCCACUAAGUCAAGACUCAACACUUAAUGGUACACAUGAUUCCACUAAUUCCGGAAAAGACGAAAUUUCAGCAGAAGAUUCCCAAGAAGUUGAGAUACCUCCGAAGCCUAAAGGUCGAAGGAGAAAUUUCAAAUCUAAGAACGAAUUUGUGGAACAGGAAACGCCACCACGAUUCAUGAAUAGGCCACCAUUUCCGUAUCAAUUUCCAAUACCUCCAUCUCCGUUUCCAAUGGCUGGAAUGCAUCCUCUUCAACAAAUGUAUGCUAUGCACUCAGCUUUGCAGCCAAACCAAUCGUUUAACAUUCCAAAUAAUUUUGCUCCUCCCAGAUCUUUUACAGCAACUCGUACGAUGUCAUACUACAAUGUGCCAAAUUCAAUGCAGUCGAUACCAGAUCCGAUGCCAUCGAUGCCAAAUUCAAUGCAGUCUAUGCCAAAUUCAAUGCAGUCUUUGCCAAAUUCAAUGCAGUCUAUGCCAAAUUCAAUUCAGUCUAUGCCAAAUUCAAUGCUAUCGAUGCCAAAUUCAAUGCAGUCGACGUUUCCAAAUGCAAUUCAUCCACCAAUGAAUUGCAUGAAUAAUUUCCAACCAUUUCAAUCUAUUCCAGGUCAACAACAGAACUUUUACCAAUAUCCUAUCCCAAAUUUUGCUAUGAAUUAUCCAGAUAUGAAUUGUGUACCAUGUCGACCUAAUCAUUUGGCAGGAGGUCAAUAUUCACAACAGAUGAAUUGCACACCUGGUCAAUAUAAUAAAGAGAAUACCAUUCCUUUACCGGACGAUGUGUAUUCUUGUCAAAUAAGGACCAAACACUUUAUCGCACAGUAUAAAAAUGGAGAGUAUGUUAUAGAACCAGAACAGGGUCAACCAAAUGGGACAGCAAAUUACAGCGAACAUUAAUGGGAAUCUAAAUGACUAAUAACAUCUCUGAGACGAAAAUGAACAAUACUCUAAAUUGAGAAUAACUAGCGAAUUUAAAUAUACAUGUUUAUAUUGUUUUAUUUAUGUUUGUAUAUGACAUGUUACUGUAAGAUUGACCGUAAAAUAUACUUUUGUAUAUUGUGUUAAAA